UUCGAUGGAUUGUACCGCAUUGGAAGAAGUACUCGUGCGGGGAUUAUAACGGUUUUUAAGUCACUUUAGAGUUUGAGAAUUGUGUUUUGUUGCGCAUGGAGCGAAGGACGAUGGUGUACGCAGCGGUUUACGCCGGGCUGCCGCUUCUAGUGGUGCUGUCCCUGGCCUCGGACCCCCCUCGCUCCUCCUCUCCUCGCCUGGAUUGUGUGAGAGCCAGUGAGCAGUGUCUGAGAGAGCCGGCCUGCAGCUCCAAGUACCGCACCAUGAGGCAGUGCGCAUCGGGGGCAAAGGAGACCAACCCCAGCCUGGUGCCUUCUAUGGAGGGUAAAGAUGAGUGCCGCUCUGCCAUAGACGCCCUGAAGCAGAGUCCCCUGUACAACUGCCGCUGUAAGAGGGGCAUGAAGAAAGAGAAAAACUGUCUACGCAUCUACUGGGGCAUCUACCAGACCCUGCAAGGUAAUGACUUCUUGGAGGACUCUCCCUAUGAACCUGUCAACAGCCGUCUGUCGGACAUCUUUCGCUUGGCGCCCAUCCUCGAAGGAGGGGAGCAGACUGGCCCCAGCACAGGCACCCCGGCAGACACCCAGGCAGACCCCCGGGACCGAAGUGUGAACAGGAGAGCUCACCCCAACUGGGCCAUUCUGGGAGAGCCGACGGUGGCGCGUGAGAACAACUGUCUGAACGCGGCCAAAGCGUGUAACCUGAACGACACAUGUAAGAAGUACCGCUCUGCAUACAUCAGCCCGUGCACCAGCCGAGUGUCGACAGCCGAGGUCUGCAACAAGAGGAAAUGCCACAAAGCUCUCAGGCAAUUCUUCGACAAGGUUCCCGCCAAACACAGUUAUGGGAUGUUAUUCUGCUCGUGUCCCCUGAGAGACCAAACAGCCUGUUCAGAGCGAAGGAGACAAACCAUCGUCCCAGUGUGCUCCUACGAAGAGAAGCAGAAACCCAACUGCCUGGAGCUCCAGGGCACCUGCAAGAACAAUUACAUCUGCAGGUCUCGUUUGGCAGACUUCUUUGCAAACUGUCAGCCUGAGCCGCGCUCCCUCACAGGCUGUUUAAAGGAGAACUACGCCGACUGUCUGCUGGCGUACUCCGGACUCAUCGGCACAGUGAUGACGCCAAACUACCUACGCUCUCCAAAGAUCAGCGUGUCCCCGUACUGUAAUUGCAGCAACAGCGGCAACAACAAGGACGAAUGUGACCGCUUCACCCACUUCUUCACGGAGAACACCUGUCUGCGUAAUGCGAUCCAGGCGUUCGGUAACGGCACAGACGUGGGCGUGUGGCAGUCCAUGUCUCCUGUACAGACCACAACCUCCACCACCCCGCCCUACCAGAGGAGUCGAAACCGCAACCCCAACCCCAACAGCCUGGACAACCACAUCGCUGACUCGGGCAUCUACCCCUUCUGUGGCAACCUGCAGGCUCAGAAGUUGAAGUCAAACUCGACGGUGGAUGGUGUUUUCUGUGAUCCUCAGAUUGACGGUCCGAGCACGUCCAACGCUAUCCCGCGGAGCUCCGGUGUCCUGACCCGGCCCUCUGCUGCUGGCCCUCUGCUGCCCCUGCUGGUGUGGCUGAGUGCUUGCUUCUGUCCUGGACUCUUGUAGCCUCAGAGCUCUCCACACAUACAUGCACUCAUGUUGGACUGACACGUUGUACAGAAGAGCCCUUCCCUUCAACUCAGUGAAACCUGGCGUAUUUUGUUCACCCUGGAUUUUUGUCUAUUUGCAUUUUUUUUUUUUUUUUUUUAAAUAUGUUUGUUGUUGUUUUACUUUUUGAUUUUUUGUAUUUCAGUUUGCAGCUAUGUGUUGAAGAGGUGUUCUGUAAAAUAUGUGUAAACUAUGGAUGUGUUCUUUAGUUUGUGAAUUAGGUUUGUGAGAAAAUGACAGAACUUUGGACAAUGGGAUAAUACAAUGUGUACAGAGCCAUGUUAGAGUCACAUUUAAAACUAUCAACCACUUAUGAAGUAUAUAUCACAACAUACCUGCUAAAAACAACAUUAUAUUAAGUUAUUAUUGCAUCAUGUGUUAACUACAAACAGCAGUAAAAGUAUCUAAUCUAUUUUCUUUUGUGAAUUUAAAAUAGCUUCAGUGUUAAUGCAUUUCUCUUGACUACACUUUGACCAGGGGGAAUAAUGCAAAUGGAUGAAGUCAAAUUAAAUUAAAACUUUGCAAAAGUUGACAAAAUAGACCAUGUGCCUGAUCAUAUUUGAGAGGAGAAAAAGAAAAAGUGUAGCAUAAAAAAUAGACACAAUAAAAAUAAAUAAAUCUCCAUGGAAAACAAAAAGCCCUGAUAAAUCCACAUUGAUAUCUCUAUUCUGCAAACAAAGGGAUAUCAGUCUGGUCACCACUUCCUCCAUCGUGCCUCAAGCCAGAACCAUCCAAUCAGAUUUGUUUAUUUCAGUGGUACAUGUGAAGGAGCUCAUUGGUCACUGAUCAUUUUGAGUAAAAUGAAACUUCUCUUAGCUCAGAUUAACAGAGUUUAGUACUGUGAUUAUAAUUAUUUUUUCUUGACAAUUGUUUUGAGACAUAUGGACCGUGCACGUCCCCGAUUGGCUAAUACAUCUGUCAAUCACAACCAUCUGAGCUUGAGGAGAUUCAGUGGUGACCAGACUCACAUUUUCAUCAAGUAUUGCAUAAGUGUGUAUUUUGGAUCCCAAGCAGCAAAAAUGCACUGCACAAUAAUAAAAAGUGAUUUUAACAUAUUUAAGAUUCAGAAAGCUUCAAAAUAACAUUUGUAAACAUUUGCUCAAUUCAGACUUUCAAUUCACCUGAUGUUAAUUCCAUGUGUGCACCCUGGAAAGUCCCUAGACCUUUUCCAAUUUGUACAAAGUGAACGGGUCUGACAGUGCAGGUUGUCUUUAUAUUACCUGUCUGUGUAGCUUCCAAAAUGCAUUCCAGUUUAUUUCUUAACAUAAAAUUUGACUUAAGUGGCUCUAAUGCAUGCCUGUACACUUGUAAACAGCCCACCUGUUCUGCUCCAGUUCAUUUGUACUGUACAUGUGGGGCUAAGGAGGCUCUCCUGCCCAAACUGUCUGCUCAGAGAAGGCCUGUCUUGAGCGGAUGUUCCUCUGAGUUCUGAGUAACUCGGAGAACCACGAUGGGUCUUGGACAAUGGAAGAUGGUGAUAUUGGACUCAAAAGCACACAGAGCCCUACACAUGGAGGCUUGUCACAUGGACGAGAAACAAAUGUUCAUCUGUUAUGUGGUGUGUGGACAUUCUCACACAGGUAUGCUCCGACAGGGUGAGCACCUGCUCCACCUUUGGUCAGCCAUUUUGUCCUUUGUCCCCCAUCUCACCUCUUUGAAGAAUGUCAAACUGUCAUUGGUUCCCAGUGAAUUGUAUGAUAUUUAAAGUGAAGGAAAUGAUGUAAAAUAUACAUUACGCCGUGUUCUAACAUUCUUGACUGGUUGGAAUAAGUUACUAUGAAUUUCUCCACAAAGAUUUUAUGAACUUACAACAAUGUUAUAGCUAUGUUUCCCCAUAACAAAUAUACUUGGAGGUGUGUUUUGUUUUAUUCAAAUCAGUAGUGCUGCCAGGAUUUGAAUUCUGGCUGGACCGUGACAGACCUGGCUGGACACACUCCUCACAUUUGAGCACCCCCGCAGAGAGUGAGAUCAGGGAGAAUUCACCCGGUCAAGGUUUUUGUGCCGCGCGUUUCUCAAAUGCUUCAGUCAUCCUGAAUAAUUCAAUAAUUCAAACAGCUUCACCAGACUUUGAUCAAUUCUACAGUCAAAUGUCUUUUAUUGUACUAGUAUUUUUCUUUUUUUAAUUUCUCGUUAACCCUGAAGUGAUACCUACUUCCUAUUUCAUGUGAAAGUCAGGUACCCCAGCUUUUACAUUUUUGAUGCAGCAGCAGGGAGAUAGGCCCCACUGGCAACAAGCUUUUGUAUUUUCCAAAAAACUCAAAAAAGUAUUUCCCCCUUGUAUCAGUAUUCAAAGGCACUCUAAAGGCCUGUGAUGUACAGUUUAACAUUUGUAAUACUCAUUGGUCUUAGUCUGUGUGGAGCUAAAUUAGAAGUUUUGUAUAUCCCACCAGAUGGCACACCCAGCUAGUCCCACUUUUAGGUUUGUCACACUAUUCCAACUGAAUAUGAAUAUGCUCUGAUAACAAAAAAAAUACAGCUCCAGGUGCAUUGUUGAUGGGAAACAACAUUGUAACAUAGUUGAAGAUGAAAAAAGUCAGGCUAACAAAUAUCUGAACUAAUGGGUGGAAGUUUCUCCUCAUCAAACAUCACCAUUGACUGUUUUGUAUCAUUCCCCAUAACCAUACUCCUCUUUUACAUUCAGAAAGUGCUUUGAGGACUUCCUGCUUCUCACACAAGAUCAGUGUACAGUAGCGUCUGUGUGUCAUCGACCAAUCAGAACAUGGCAUCUGCCCAUUUUGGACAAAGCUCAAAGGUGAUUGGACGAUGCUUGGUGAUUGGAACAUUGUGACUUUGACCUCAUGCGAUGACAGAUGCAACAAGACAGACUAGUGUUUUUAUAUAUGUAUAUUUCUCUGGUAUGUACAUGAUUAUGAAAUAUUACUGCAUCUGACAAAUGAUCUAUGUAACUCUCCUAUAGGUAUUGUUUUGUAACAUAGGCCCAUUUAUGCUUAGUCUCAAUUGUUUUUGGCAAAAAUUAUUUUUCUAAGUUUUGUUUUGGUUUGAAGGAGCAGCCAUGAUAAGCGAAUAUUUUAUUAUGAAGAGACUGUUCAGGGCUGCUGGAACAAUUCAUAAAAAGAAGUUAUGCAAGAACCGAAAAUUGCAUGAUGGGUAAUUGAAAUAUAUUCUACACGAUUUUGAAGGACACAUGUUUGACAAUGGCGCAAAUAUUCUCACAAAAGAGAUUUCCAGUGUAAUUUUAUCAUUGGAGUUCUGGAGCUAACAUUUGUUGAUGGUUCUAUAGCUUUGUUUAUGAAGGGUAGAAUUUUGGACUUUAAAUACUGACGGUGGUGACUAAGUUUGCCGUGCAUCUCCAUUCCAUCUUGUGGUUUGAAAAUGAAUAUAAACUGGCUUCUGUGGAGAUGCCUCAGCUAUCUGCCAUCAUAAACUUCUUAGCUUGUGAAAAUGUAAAAUCUAUUGUAUAAAAGUUAUAAUUAAAAUGUUAAAUCACCC